UGGUGACGUCACGCGCACGCUCUCGGCGGAAGGAAGGCGGAAACGGAAGCGCUCGUUGGGCUCUUCGGGACCGGAAGGGCCGGGCUGAGGAGAAAGAGCGGCGAGAGGCCCCGAUGGCCGGGCUUCGAGGCCCCUGAGGCGGCGCAGGGACCGAGGCCUCCUGCUUUCUCCGGACCUGGACCUAAACACAUCGACAAGACCUUGCUCAAGGCCUCGCUGCAAUCUCAAGUGCUUCCGGACGCAAUCGUACCCCUUUAGACUAUUUGCCUUGAGCUCGGAAGGGAUCGCCUGGCCCCAUGUACACCCCUAGUGGUUCGGUGCUGCCCGGAGGGCGCCGGCGGAGAGGCCAGGAUGGCAGCGCCUUGCCAAAGCAGCCGGAGAGGAGCCUGGCUUCGGCUUUGCCUGGCGCCCUCUCCAUCACGGCUCUUUGCACUGCGCUGGCAGAGCCUGCCUGGCUACGGAUUCAUGGUGGCACUUGCAUGCGCCAGGAGCUGGGUGUCGCUGAUGUGCUUGGAUAUGUUGACCCCGAGUUACUCAAAGACUACUGCAUGAACCCCCAGACAGUGCUGCUGCUUCGGGUCAUUGCCGCUUUCUGCUUCUUGGGAAUCGUCUGCAGCCUUUCGGCCUUCCUCUUGGAUGUAUUUGGACCCAAACAUCCUGCACUGAAGAUCACGCGGCGUUACGCUUUCGCUCACAUUCUCACAGUCUUGCAAUGCGCCACAGUGAUUGGGUUCUGCUACUGGGCCUCGGAGCUGAUCCUGGCGCAGCAGCAGCAGCACAAAAAAUACCACGGCUCCCAGGUGUACGUCACCUUCGCCGUCAGCUUCUACCUGGUGGCUGGGGCGGGCGGGGCCUCCAUCCUGGCCACGGCGGCCAACCUGCUGCGCCACUACCCCACCGAAGAAGAGGAGCAGGCCUUGGAGCUCCUCUCGGAGAUGGAGGAGAACGAACCUUACCCGGCAGAGUACGAAGUGAUCAACCAGUUCCAGCCUCCUCCGGCCUACACGCCGUAACGCCUCCGGGAAAGCGUUCCCUGCCCAGCCUGACCCUUGAGUUGGAACAGUCCACAGUUGCUUGGGAAGGUAUUCCCUCACCCCAGAGCCACUCACUGGUGCUUUCCCCCUCACUCUUGCAACCUCCUGGUUGGGAGAAGAUUCGCUCGAAAGGGUUGCCCACACAGGAGCACACACCUCCGAGGCAGGUAGAUGGAUGAACUUUUUCUUCCCCAAGUCCCUUCUGUGAUGUACCGAAAUAAUUGACCGACAUGAGCCCACUUUCCUGUGACUCUGCAAACUUCUUGUUCUUUGGGUGCGCUCUUGUGCGAGACAAAAAUGUUUUGGGACGGGGUGGGGCAUCUUGUCUCAUACGUGAAAGAGGCGCCAUGCCUGCAUCUUGACGGAGCAGGAGGGACUAGGGGCUCCACUGUUUUCGUCUUUUAACAAGAUCCUUCAGACUGGGAUCUGCACACUCAGAAGUGGUGAGUUCAACAGUCCUGCACAGCUCAUUCUUCUUUUCACCUGCUUUUCCUCAGCUCUUUUGGGGGAAUGUGACUCUUAUCGAUACUUACACCUGGUUGGGCUCCUUAUUUAGCACAUCUGAAGGUGUGGCUCCUUCGCUAUGCACUGGUCGGUGCGGCAGGGCGGCAGGAGGGCGUCUAUUUUUAUUGACUCCAUGUGCUUCCCGAAAGGGACACGGCCAGCUUGCUUGCCACCAUUGUUUCAUCCACGCCCACAUUCUGCCUCAUGCUACUUAACGGAAGCAUUUUGCACUUUAUUUGUCGUUCUCACCGCCCCUUCCUUUCCUCUCUAACCAUUUAUGGGGAACUGGGAGCGGGGGACAAACAAAACUUGGCAGAACCAGCUUGAGGACGUUGCCACUACUGACUUUCUCUUUGAUAGAUCGGAGCAUCUUUUAACUUAAAGAAACAAGGCCUUUGUAAGGGCUGCAAUUCCGGUUGGCACCCACCCACAUAUGGCAAAUGUAUAAGCAGCCCCUCAAGAUACUGAGGACAGAAAGCUGUCACCGGUGUUAAGACGAUAUGCAAAUAACCCGGUUUCAGGCUUGGGUUGAAUUAAUUUUAUCUGUUUACAUCUAUUUUUUCUAUUUACUUUUCUAGCCGCAAAACAAUUAUUUCUAGCCACAUUCUCACAUCAUCCUAAGCCAUGGGUUCUGUUAGCCGUGACUUGUUAUUGCUUUAGCCAUGAGUGACCAACUAACAAUUUGGGUCUGUAUUUCUCCUGCUUUGCCUGACCAAUCAUGUUUCGAAAGCCAGGGAUAGGCUGCAUUUCUGGAUAAAGUAGUGACAAGCCUUGGCUUAAAGAAACUAGAGUUUGUAAUCCAAUAAUGAUGGUGACGGGUUGCUUGCUUAGAUACAUUUGGAGACAAUAAGCCAAAAAGAACACAGCAAACCACAACUUGGAUUGCCAUUAUUUAUCAAUCUGACCAGUUUUUAAUACAGAGAUUCUUCUGAAAGCUUUGGCUAGUGAUUAAAAGAGUGUCUCAAGAGUAUUCUAUUAUUCAAGGAAAACAUGACUGAUUUCCCUUUUCUCUUUUCAUAGAGAGGGAAAUCUGCUUAGAAAAAGCUGGAAAUGUUCCCUGUACUCUCUAAAGUUGGUUUUUGUUGACUGCAAGGGAGGGCUUUUAUGGCAUGUAAAGCAUGAGAGAAAGAGAGGUUGGAUAGGUUUUAUUUAAGGAGGGAAACUGACAUAUGACAAAAACUGACAACUAGAAAAAGUUUAAAAAAUCAUUUUAUUUUAAAGCGCACCUGUUUGUUCAGAUAUGACACAUAACGCUUUGAAGGACGCUUGCUCUUCUAGCAUUGUGAAGCUAUACCCUGGGGGUAUCCUUGUCUUUCACAUCUAUAUUUGAAGUAUACCAGUGUUUCCACUUUUCACCAUUCUUAAGCAAAGGAAUUCAUCUGCAGUGUUGUCUACCAAGGUUCCCAAGUGAUAGGUAUGUUCAAUUAGGUAAGCUGUUGGGGGAAGGAUGAAUCCUUUCUGCCUUCAACAACAUCCAGAAGUUUCAAAGUCUUUGUUGGUGUGGUGGACCAUAGGUUUUAGCUCGGGCAUGGGCCAACUUUGGCACCCCAUGCGUUUUGGACUUCAAUUCCCACAAUUCCGAUAUUAGGAAUUAUGGGAGUUAAGUCCAAAAUACCUGGAGGGCCGAAGUUGGCCCAUGCCUGCUUUAGCUGGAUUCUGGAGAGGCAUCAGAUGAAAUAGAAACAUCUGUAGAAAUGAUACAGCUGGAUUACCUGGAGGCUCUCCAGUUGUUUGGACAUACAACUCUAUACAAGCCCUAUUCAGAUUGUCCAAUGGUUAGGAAUUCUGGGAGUUGAAGUCCAAAACAGUUUGGAGAGCUACAGUUUGAAAAAGCCUGCUGUAUAGCUUUGGUCUAACUAAAAACAACAGCUAUGCAGGAGUUCAAGCAGACUUUUAAUCCACUCUAGUCUCAUUUUUCUUUCAUCCUGGCCAUCCUUUCCAAAUGUUCACAAAGCCUUUGCGAGAAGAGAUGUUGGCUGUAAAUAGUGUGCAUAUAAUGAUCCUUUCUCUACCUAAUUUCUGAUCUUUUGAGUCCCAAAGAGGCGGACGUGGAGCCUGGGGAUGCGUCCUGGUCGCUCUCUUCUCUGGCAGGGCCUCCAUGUGCCAAAAAGGGAUCCGAACCUCUCUCCUAAACCAAGGAAGGGGACUGGACCGAAUCUGGUGUCCCUGCGAUCUGUGUACUUGGUUACUGCGACCAUUUUUAGACAUUGAGCAUAAAUUUGUCAAGCACUGUUGAUGAUUAAAAACCCAUCUGUAAAAUCUUGCAUUCAUUUUUCUACCAAAAAAAAAAAAAAACCACCCACAAUAAAACAAGGAUGUAAAUAGUCUCUGUUGGGUAUUUCCAGUUGUGCUUGCAAAAUAAAUUGGUCAGUUCUGUGCACGGCUCCCUCCAUUCAAAACCAUUCACCAAGCUUGCUUUUUCCCAGUAACCAAAUGCCACUGUCUUGCAUGUACAUAGAAAUCUGCUUCUUAAAUUUUGAACAACAGUCAUGCCUAUACAGGGUCCGUAUCAACUAGUCCUCAGUCUGUUGAUCUGCUUUCUGCCUUUUUUUCCUCCAUCAAGGCUAAUGCAUGACAAAGAAAAAGAAUAUAAGAUCUCUUAUUGAUAAAGGCUGAGGAUAGGCAAGGAAAUCACAAUAAGGAGAUGCAUUUUCCUUAUCCUUUUGCAGUACUGGUCUGAAUGGAAAUUUCUUACGGCUGCUCUGGCCUUUGCUGAGGAAUAAUGGGAGUUGAAACUCAACAGCAUCCACAAGGCUACAACUUUCCAGGUCUUAAUAUAUAAUACUAAUAUGUGUGUGUUUUAUAGAGGAGAUAAAAGUAUUGCUUCUUGCAAUCUCAAUUUGGAAGAGCAGGAAAGUCCUAGCUUUAGUUGUCAAUACAGAGUGUUCUUGGAGGUCCAAAAGCAGCGAUGAAAUGUUCUUACAACAGAACAAUGCUUAGCAGUAUCUUUUUCUCCUUUUAAUAUUUAUUUGGGGGGAGAGAAAGCUGUUUUGUACUGGAAACAAUUGCCUUUUAUCGGCUGGUGCGAUUUGGGUUGCUCUGCCUUAGCCAGCUCAGCUUCUUGGAUGAAAGAAUAUCGUUUCAGAGCAAAACACUGGGCUUUUUUGUUCUCAAAACACUUGACCCUGUUUGCUAGCAAUUAAAAUAAAACCAGUUUAUUUCUCAUCUGAACAUCAGAGGGUUCAGGGAGAGGAUGGCAAAACUGUGCAAUUCUUAUCGAUCACUGGCUUAUUCAUAGAAAUUGACAUAGAUGCCAGUAAAAGGCAAAGUCCCUGGCCUUUUACACAACUAAGAUUUGCUCACUGUUCUUAAGGGUAGUAUCUAAAAAAAGUAAUUCUUUCUGAACCAACCAAUCAUUCUUAAUAUACUCUUAUAUGUUUUUGCACUUCUGUGAAGAUGCUGUUUCGAGGAGCCUGAUGGAAGAGAGAUGUUUCUUUAAGGUACCUUCACACUUAAUAAAAACUGCCACUUAC